UGUCAUAAAAUUCACAUCUUCGUUACUAAGAAAACUCAUCAACAUUAUGAGCCUCAACUAACUUGUUGCCUGCUUCAAUUUCAUUUCAUAUAUUUAUAUACGCUUCACUUCUUCUCAUUUUUCCAUCACACUUCUAAUAUUAGUAAUAAACAACGCCGCGUAGAGAAGAAGGAAUGGUCUGCUUUUGUUUUCUGGUGGACCAGACUAAGGAGAUGCAGCGGAGCAAGCCAGCGGCGGGAACAUGCUCACGGUGCGGCGGCUGUGCUAGCGUGGCGGAUAUGAAGACGGCUACAAGAUUUUGCUAUGUCCCAUUUUAUACGAAAUCUUGGAGAGCUAUUGUUUGCACUUUUUGUGGAGCUGUUCUUCGUUCUUACCAUCACUAAGAUAGUACUAGAUCGAGUAUUUAAUUAAUAAGAUUAAUCUUCAUUAGUAGAUAAGGGAACUUGCUAAGUAGUAUUUAAUUAGUACUAACAUAUGGAUAUUGUUCAUUAUCCAUGAGAAUGAAAAUCUAUAUUUUAUUUUAUUUACAUACUUUAUUAUUUUUUCUACUAAUACAUCUUUCUCUCUUUUACCUUUCUA